UGAAACUUCCACGCUCUUCUAACUUAUCUCUGCCGAUGUCCGCUCCUAAGACUCUCAUGGACUAAUGAUCACCUUCCUGCGCAAGUUAGCAACUUUCCUAAGUUCCCACGUCUCCACCAUUCUCCCUUUCUCCGCCUCCACAUUUCCCGUUUCCUAUCCACUUUCUGCAAGUGGAAACACGCUCACAGCGGUUAAUUUUAGUCGCCACUUUUCUCUCUUCAAGGCGAGCGUCGACUUAUAGAUUGUUAAUUUUUUUUGGUCAGAAAUUUGUUGCUCUGAGGCGGAUUUAAGAAGCAAUUUAUAUCAACAAAAUGGUUGUUGUUGAUUCGUUAUUGUUAUCCCCAGAUUUUGGAAUUCAUUUUGAUAAUGGACACAAAUAUAUGAUUAAGCCACAUCAAAGGGCUUUAUGGAGUCUUCAAUGCUGGAAAGGUAUUAGUGGUUCAAAGUUUCUGUCUUCAAGAUGCAGAACUUUGCAUUGUCAAUCAUUUUUGUUGCCAAAUGGAGCUAGUGGUAUAUCUACUUUCAGAACUGCAUCAACUGUGUUAAACAGGUCUUUUUGUGCUCUUCGCAAAAGCCCCAUUAUGCUUCAGAUGGCUCCAGCUGUUGGCAUGAUUGCCUUUGCUGUUUGGGGUAUUGGACCAGUCUUGCGGUUAAGUAGGAUUGUUUUUCUUCAGAAGAGUGAUAAUAGCUGGGAAAAUAGCAGCACAAAUUAUGUCAUGACUUCUUAUGUUCAGCCAAUUGUUCUCUGGGCUGGAAUUAGCCUGAUAUGCAGGGAACUGGAACAAGUAGAUUUAUCGUUGGUGAGCAGCCAGAUUGUAAAGCAAAGGCUUCUAAAUUUCGUUAAGUCAUUGUCCACGGUGCUUGCACUAGGAUACUGUGUGUCAAGUUUGAUUCGACAAGCACAACAAUCCUUUAUGAAGUCAAAUGACCCUAGCGAUGAGAGAAAUAUGGCUGUGCAGCUUUCUGGAAAAGUUAUUCAUACUGCGGCCUGGGUUGCUGGUGUUUCCUUGUUCAUGGAAUUGCUUGGGUUCUCUACGCAAAAAUUGCUUACUGCUGGGGGUCUUGGCACAGUACUGCUGACCCUUUCUGGUCGUGAGAUAUUCACAAAUUUCCUUUCAAGUGUGAUGAUCCAUGCAACUCGGCCAUUUGUUUUAAAUGAUAGGAUUCAAAUAAAGAGUAAAGGCUAUGAAGUUUCUGGCACAGUAGAGCAUGUAGGUUGGUGGUCACCAACAAUUAUCAGAGGUGAUGAAAGAGAAGUUAUUCAAAUACCCAAUCACAAAUUCACAAUGAGUGUUGUAAGAAACCUUAGCCGGAAGACCCACUGGCGCAUCAAGACUUAUCUUGCCAUCAGUCACUUGGAUGUUAACAAGAUUAACAGUAUUGUGUCCGAUAUGCGUAAGGUUUUGGAAAACAAUCCCCAGGUGGAACAGCAAAGAUUGCAUAGAAGAGUAUUCCUGGAGAACAUUAAUCCUGAGAACCAGGCUCUAAUGAUUCUUGUAUCUUGCUUUGUGAAAACAUCACGAUCUGAGGAAUAUCUCUGUGUGAAGGAAGCAAUAUUACAGGACCUUCUUAUGGUGAUUAGCCAUCACGAGGCUCGGCUUGCUACACCCAUCCGCACUAUUCAGAAAAUAUAUGACGCGGAUAAUGUCCCGUUUUCUGAUUCCAUAUUUAGCCAGUCCAGAGCAUCUUCUUCCGGAAGUACUAGUCCUUUAUUGUCGAUUGAAAUUGAACCGCAGGCCUCGUACAAAAUGAAUCGGUCAAAUGAAGACAAAGAAGAUUCAGCUAAUAAGAUUUCUGAAAAGCAGCAAAAAGUAGGGAAGAAGAUGAAGAAGGUUGUCCAAAGCAAACAGGAGAAGAUGAAAAUGGGAGAUACUUCUUCUUCUUCUUCUUCAACAACUAGUAGUAGUAGUAGAAGUACUACUAGUUUAGAAGAUAAUAUUGUUUUGGGUCUUGCUUUAGAAGGCUCUAAACGGUCUCUUCCAAUAGAGGAAGAAGAAAUCUCGACGACUUUGAACCCAUCCUCAAUUGCUCAUGUGGAAUCACAAGAGUUGUUGGCUGCUUGUCGAAAUGGAAGUUUGAAAAGUAAUGUAAAAGGUGAAAAAGACAAGUCUACCUCUAUUAUUUCACAAGAUCAUAGAAACAAAGAAUCAAACAAAGGUAGUUAGUUAUGCUUUUGUUCCCCUAAUUAAUUAUGAUGUUUGAGAGUGUUCUUAAAUAUUAUAUAUAUAUUCAAUGUAAAAUUAUUUAUGUAUUGCUAA